AUGGAGCUGCAAUCGUUUGUGUCGUGGCUUCUUGGUCUGUUUGUUGUCUUCCUCUCAUCUGUGCCCGGAGUACUUGCUCUGCCGGGUUCGUUCCCCGAGGCACAUGGCCCAGACUGGUCAAAAAUUCAUUCACGAUUUGCGGCUCGCUCUCAGAAAAACUCGACGCAGGACAAGUACCUCAUUGGUACUGGGAAAGCAGACAUCACAGGACCCGCGGCCGAUAUCAUCCUUACCGGCUAUGCAAACCUCGAGCAGGUCGGCGGCGGUAUUCGCCAGAGGCUGUUCAGCCGAGCUUUUAUCAUCGGUGAUGUGAACAACCCCGAAGACAGGAUUGUCUAUGUUGUUCUCGACAAUCUGGUCGGAGAUACGGCUAUCCGCUUUGGGGUUUUGGAUGCACUCAAAGGCAUGGGAGCCCCUUAUUCUGUCUAUGGCCAGAACAAUGUUGCACUUGCGGCAGCACAUAGCCAUUCCGCGCCCGGUGGUUGGAACAACUACCUGGUUCCUCAAAUUCCGUGCCUGGGCUUCACCAAAGAAAGCUAUCAGCCCAUUGUUGACGGCGCGGUACUGUCCAUCAAACGAGCACACGAAAGUCUCCAAGAGGGAUACCUUGAUGUUGGCACCACUGAGAUUACGGAUGCUUCCAUAAAUAGAUCACAAUGGUCCUACUUACAAAACCCUGCCGAGGAACGAGCCAGGUAUAGUGCGUCGACCGACACAACCAUGACUUUGUUGCGCUUCACCAGAGCCUCGGAUAACAAAAUAACUGGACUGCUGAACUGGUUUCCGGUGCAUGGUACAUCGCUCUACCGAAAUAAUACCCAUGUUGCGGGCGACAAUAAAGGACUGGCAGCAUGGAUGACGGAACAAGCGAUGAGGGAAGAUUCUGCAUUUGCUAGCAAUUUUGUAGCAGCGUUUAGUCAAGCAAACCUCGGUGAUGCCACCCCCAAUACAGAGGGGGCUUGGUGUGAAGACGGAUCUGGCAAACAGUGUGAUUUUGAGACUGCAACAUGUGCAGAUGGAACUGUUGCAAAAUGCCAAGGCCGGGGUCCUCACUGGCAAGUUCAAGACCAAGGCGCAAGCAGCUGCCAUGAGAUUGCGCUUCGCCAACUGAGGGGUGUGAAAGACAUUUUGACUUCCAUGUCCAAAUCCUCCACUCCUGUUCAGGGGCCUACGGUUAAGUCGUUUCACUUCUUCCACAAUAUGGAAUAUUGGCAAUUCACAUUGCCGAACGGGGAGGCUGCCAUGACUUGCCCUGCCGCACUUGGGUACGCCUUUGCUGCUGGGACGACGGAUGGCCGAGGCGAGUUUGACUUCAUUCAAGGAGACAACGGUAAACCACACAACCGUGAGUGGGAUUUUCUUACGCACCUCAUCAAGAAUCCAUCCCAGCGUCAAACAGACUGCCAAAAGCCCAAGCACAUAUUUCUUAGUGCAGGAGAGCUUAAAGAUCCGUAUGAAUGGGAACCAAGCAUCGUGGAUGUCAUGAUGUUUCGAGUCGGUCAACUGGUUAUGAUCCUGAGCCCCAGUGAGGUUACCACGAUGAGUGGCCGGCGGUGGAAGGAAGCCGUUGGGAAACAGGCAACUUCAUUUGUUGAUGACCCAAUUGUCGUUCUGGGCAGCCCGGCCAAUACUUAUGCGCACUACGUCGCGACGCCCGAGGAGUACGAUGUUCAGCGUUAUGAAGGCGCUUCAACAAUAUUUGGCCGCCAUGAACUCGACGCUUAUAUCAAUCUCACAGUCAGCAAUAUGCAUUACUUGAAGCCCGACGCCACAGAAAAGCCAGAGCAAGGACAGUUGCCACCAGAUAAUAGGAAGAAGUCGUUAAAUUUCGUGUUGCCUGUGAUUUACGACACAGCACCUCUUUUCAAACAGUUCGGCCAGGUCUUAACGCAGCCCCAAGCCAGGUAUAAACGUGGCGACGUUGUCAAAGCCAAGUUUCAGGGGGCGAAUCCACGGAAUAAUCUUCGCCUCGAGGGAACUUUCGCGGCGGUUGAGAAGCAGGGACAAGACGGGACGUGGAGCCAAGUCGCCGACGAUGCGGACUGGUAUCUCGUAUAUACGUGGCGGCGCACAAGCACUCUCCUAGGACACAGCGAAGUCGACUUUACGUGGGAUACGUCGGGGAACGCUGUGCCAGGAAGAUAUCGAUUCAAGUACUACGGCGAUGCUAAGAAUCUUGAUUCGGGCAUUGCAGCGUUCACUGGAACUAGUAAUCAAUUCGAUAUCAGUUAG